AUGACAGAAGAAAACCAUCAUGGCGAGUAACCCAUAAUAACGAUGGGGUCAAUUAUAUCAAUAUCACAUUUUGAAGAUAAUAACGUAUUUGCAUAUGCUGACGGUCAUAUUAAAUCGAAAGUAAUGUUGAAGAAUUUUACAUCUUUAAUAUGUAAAUAAGCAAAAAAUAACUAAAAUAAUAGUCAAAUCGAUUCGGAUAAUUUAUAAAAUUAAAAUGAUAUUCUUAAACUAAAAAAGCACGAUAAAUUUUCUGGAUCUUUAUUUUAAAUAUUUCCAAAGCUUUAAAAUAAAUAAAAAGAAGAAAUAAUGGGUAAUAUUUAUGGCUCUCAUUAUUAAUCAUCUAGUGAAUAUUAAAGUUUAGAAUUAGAUAUUAUGAAUAGAUUAGAUAAACAAAAAGAAGAAAUCAAUCUUUUAAACAUCGAAAAAGAAAAAAUAAUGCAGUUUCAAAAUAAAUUAUUAAAUGAAUUUAAAAGUAAUUAUGAAGCUUUUGAAAAACAUAAAAAUAAUAGAAUAACUUAUAAUCAAACAAUCCAAUUAAUGCAUAUUAAUUCUUCAAAAUUUCUUGCUUGCCAUCAAACUGAAGCUCAUUAUGAAUAAGGAAAUUUCCUUGUCACUUUAGAUGAUUAUCCUUCUGAAAAUACUUUAUUUAGGAUAGUUCCAGCUUUUAAAUAUUAAAAAGAUGGAGAUUUAACAAUAUACGCAAAUGAAAUUAUAUUGAUUGAAAGAGCAAAUUAAUUUCAUAAUAAAAAAACAUAUUUGCAUACAUCUGAAGAAUUAUUCAAACAAGAUGAAUAAUUUUAAAACAGUAAAGUAUAAGCGAACAUAUAAUAAUAAUUUACAUAAUAAAAACUUAUAAUAAAAAGAGAAGUUAAUGGUUCAUAAGAAGGAGAUCCAACAAAAUGGAAAAUAAAUUUAUUUUCAAAUUAUACCUAGAAUUCACACAUGUAUUUGAGAUGUGGUAAUGUAAUAUGGCUUCAUCAUUCUGAAGCAAAUGCUUCUUUAGGAGCUUAAAGAAAAACAACUUAAGGAAAUUUAUUAUAAUAAAGAGAUUGGUAAAAUAUAGAUUCAAAAGAAAAUUUAGAAGUGACAAUUGUAAAUUCAGAUACUUCUAAUUCUUUUGAUGAGUAUGCCGGAAAUACUUGCGGAAUGUGGAUUGUAGAAAAAAAAGAUUUUAAAAGUGGAGGUUAUGUUUAAUAUGAAAAAUAAUAUCGAUUAAGGCAUUUAAGUAGUGGUAUUUAUUUGACUGUAGAAUCUAAUUAUAAUACAAAAUCUUAAAAAGAAAGAUAACAAUUAUUUUUAAAUCAAUAGAUAUAAGGAAAUUAAAGCAAUAAAUAAAUACGCUCCGAUUCUUUUGUAUAAUUAAGACAUGUAAGUACAAAAAAAUGGGUUGAUUUAGCACUAAAAAGCGAAGAACAAAGAAUAAAUGAAGCUUAAAAAAAUGAAACUAUGUAUUCAAGUCAUUAUCCAAGUUUAAAUGCAGAAAGAACCGAAAAUUAAGUGUUUAAAUUAUUUUCUGCCAAUGAAAAUGAAGUUUGGGAAAUUAAUUUUGUGAUAUCUUCAAGCAGAAUAAUUACUAAAUUAAUGAAUUUAAUGGAAGUUUUAGAAAUUCCCAGUAUAUCUAAAACAAAUGUGGUACAAAUAAACAAUUAAAUGUAAGAAAACAAAAUAAACCUAUAAGAAAACAAGAAAAUAUUAUAAAAAAAAAUAAAAUAAUCAAUAAUAAUAUUAGAAUAACUAAAUGAAUUCUGUAAUAACAGAAUGCAUAAUAGUAGUUUAGAUUAAAAGUACGGAACAAUAAAUUAGUUUAGAUAGAAAUUACUCAGAGAAUAGUAUUAUAUUGAUAUUCUUUGUAAACUUCUUAAUGGAAUGUUUACAUAAGAAGAAUAAAAUAGAUUAAAUUUUUUAGAAAAAGAAAUAUAAGAAUAAAUUGAAAUUGAUUAAGAGAUUAAAAAUAAAGAAUAAUAACUUAUUAAAUAAGGAGAUAAAAAUAAUUAAUUUCUAUAAAGAAUUAGUAAUAAAGGUUUUCUUUCUGUUCUUGAUUAUCUGACUUAUUUAAAUCUUAAAAAAUAUUUAAGCAAAAGUAUUUAUAUCCUUCUUAUUUCUAUUUGUAAGCAAAAUACUGAAAAUGAAUAAUACACCUUUUAACUUAUUCCUCUUUUUUAAGAGCAUUGUAAAUUUAUUCCUGCAGCUAUUGAUUGUAUUAUUGAAAUUAUACAAAAUAAUUAACUCUUGCUUUAUAAAGUUAAUGAAAAUAUUUCCUUUUCUAAUGAUUUUAAUUCUAAAUAUAGCCAAAAUAAAAUUUAAUCAUUAGAAUCUUUUCUAAAAUUAAAGAUAAUGUUUUAAAUUAAAUAAUAACUAAAAUUCAUAAAAUUUAAUGAACUAUUUUGUUAAUUUGUUGUAUAAUGAUAAUUAUAUACUUAAGGCUAAUUAUUAUAAAUUUUUAAGUUCUAUAUGUAAAUUUUAAAAUGAAGGUCUAUCAUUAAAUUAAGAAAACUUAUAUAAACUUUAUAAAUAAAUAAAUAAAAAUAAUUAAAAUAAACAAAUUUUCAAAGAAAAGUUUAUGUAAACUAUAGAAAAUAAAGAUAACAUAUAAAUAGAAAUUCUUUGUUAGGAAUUAUCUUUCUUAUCAGAUGUUUCAUUAGGUAGGAAUUUUUUAUGGAGAUGUGAAUUAAUUGAUUAUUUUGAAUGUGAGUUUUUAUUAGAAAAUAUAUGGAAUGCUGGAAUUUUCAAGAAUUAUGAACAAUUAAGAAGUUGUUUUAGUAAAUUAGCUAUGACUUUAUAUAUAGAUCAUGACCCUUUAAA